AUGCUCGUAUCCAUCCAUGCUGAUUGUUCUCUACCCUGCUUCAUGUCUAGCACAACAUGCAGAUUUCCUGCUGUCCUGCAACCUUGCGCUGCCACACUGACACUUUCUACCUCCAUAUUGAACCGUUGGCAUCAGACCUUGACCCUUUCAUUCCCCAGCCAAGCCAAGUCUGCAGGAUCUCUGUCGAGGCUUUGCCGAAUCUCGCUCACUGGUCCAGAACCUGACCGUUGCAACCAACCUCUCUCCCCUUGUCUGUUCUCGGUACACGGCACCUUCGCCUCGCUAAUUGAUCUGCAUGGAGACUUUCCCAAUUCUGCCGUUGUACUCCAAGGCAGUAGGCAAACUCCACUUGGAGACGUGACACAGCAGAAGCCAAGAGUAAAUAAGCAGAGUCCCCUUGUUAUAGCCUGGUCUAGACAUGAUAUACUAAGAGCUGUGCUAUUGAGAAGGCGAUUUUUGCGAUUCAGAUGCCGUGGCCGGCAAGUCGCAAUAGCACCAGAACCAGAACCAGAACCAGAACUACCGGCCAUCCGGACUUCGGGACUCCCGGGAGGCACAGUCACAGUCCAAGGUGAAACCAGUGAUCUGACAGACUUUAAUUUCUUUGUUAACAUCAAGUUGGCUUGA